UUCAGAACGUCUUGGGAGAUUGUGAAAGCGGAAAUCGACGGUCAUUUCUCUUCAGCCGUCAUCAGAUCUCCUUCUUCUGCUUCUUUCUAUUCCCACUACAUCCUCUUCCUCCGGAAAUGGGUACCGCUGCUAAGUCUACAAACUCUCUUGCUUUCUUCUUCAAUCAUUAUUCUCAUGGUGGAUGUCGGCUUCUCUAUCUUAGCAAGAAUUUUGAAACUUGGUUUUCAACUAAAUUGUAUAAUUCUAAACACCCUUGUUAAGGGGCUUUGUCUUCAGAGUAAAAUUGUUGAAGCUGUGAAGCUGGUUAACAAAAUGGGGAAGAUAGGCUACAAACCUAAUACAGUUACCUACGGAACGAUAAUUAAUUGUUUGUGUAAAAUAGGCAAGACCAAUGAAGCUAUUGGGUGGUUUAGAAAGAUGCAAGAAAGAAAUCUUGAACUUGAUGUAGUGAUGUAUAGUACAAUCAUUGAUAGUUUAUGUAAGGACAAACUGGUAACUGAGGCUUUAAACUUUUUAUCUGAAAUGAUAAGUAAAAGAAUUCAGCCAAAUGUUGUCACUUACAGUUCUUUAAUUCAGGGUUACUGUUUGCAAAAUAGAAUGCAUGAAGCUGUCAAAGUAUUUAAUACGAUGGCUCGGAAGGGUUGUUCACCUUCUAUUGUUAGCUAUAACAUAUUGAUCCACGGAUAUUGUGAAAACAGAAGAAUAGAUGAGGCAAUGAGUAUUUUCCGUGAAAUGACUAACAAUGGCAUGAUUCCCGAUUUUGUCACUUACAAUACACUUAUUGGUGGGUUUUGCCUAGUUGGGAGACCUAAGAUUGCACUAGAGCUACUCCAUGAGAUGCAAGGUUGUGGCCAACAUCCCAAUGUCCAAACUUAUGCUAUUUUGUUAGAUGGCCUUUGUAAGAAUCUACACUUUCCAGAGGCAAUGGCAUUGUUUCAAGCGAUGGAAGACAAAAAGUUAGACCUUGAUAUUGUUGUUUACAGCAUCUUGAUUGAUGGUAUGUGUAAUGCUGGGAAACUUACUACUGCAAGAGAUCUCUUUAAUGCUCUUCCUGCCAAAGGUGUGCAAGCUAAUGUUUGGACUUACAAUAUAAUGAUCAAAGGGCUAUGCAAAGAGGGUCUACUAAUUGAAGCGAGUGAGCUAUUUGAAAAAAUGGAAGAGAGCGGUUGUUCACCUGACCAUGUCACUUAUAACACAAUCAUUAAAGGCUUCUUGCAACAUAAUGAGACAUCAUGGGCUGCGAAAUAUCUCCAAAUGAUGGUUGACAAGGGUUCUCAGCAAAUGUAACCAUGGUAACCAUUUUGAUCGACUUGUUGACUACUAAUCAGGCGGAUAAAACAUUACAAGAAUUUUCUCUAAAAUCCGUGUGAAAGAUUUCUAGGUCUUCAACGUGCAUGACAAAUUUGAUAUUCCAAGAUUUACAAAGUCAAUUUGUAAG